AUGCCGAACCUUCGCCUUGGAUCUGUUGCUCCGGACUUUACCGCCGAGACCACUCAAGGGACGAUCCAAUUCCACCAAUGGCUAGGUGACUCUUGGGCGAUUCUCUUCUCGCACCCGGACGACUUCACCCCGGUCUGCACGACUGAGCUUGGCGAGGUUGCGCGCAAGAGCGAAGAGUUCAAAAAGCGCGGUGUUAAGGUUAUCGGGCUCUCUGCGAACGACGUUGCCUCGCACGACAAGUGGAUCGCGGACAUCAAUGAGGUUGGUAAGACCAAAGUCGAGUUCCCGAUCAUUGGCGACAAGGACCGCAAGAUUGCAACCGAAUACGACAUGCUCGACGCGCUUGACCCGACCAACGUCGACGCAAAGGGCAUGCCGAUGACUGUGCGCGACGUUUUUGUCAUUGACCCGAAAAAAGUGAUCCGACUCAAGAUUUCCUACCCUGCCUCAACUGGUCGUCACUUUGACGAGAUCCUGCGUGUGGUUGACUCGCUGCAGACCGGCGACAAGUACCGCGUCACCACCCCGGUCAACUGGCAAAAGGGCGACAAGGUCAUCGUACACCCAUCAGUGCAGGGCGCCGAGGCGGAGAAGCUCUUCCCUGGUUACGAGACUGUCAAACCGUACCUCAGAUUCACCAAGGACCCAUCUGCUCAGGCCUGA